AAUCCAAUGCCACAUAUACAUAAAAUCAACAAGUGUGUUCCCAAGCGACUUAAAAGUCUCAGGUUACCACUUGUAAGGCGAGGCAUUGGGUUCGAAUCCUGAUAUUGAAAGAUGGAUAGCUAAUCCUAUCACAUUUGCUUGGUUGGCGGCUACUUCCUCGACCUUGGGGAUGAAUCGUAAAGUGGCCUUGAUCACGGGUAUCACGGGACAAGAUGGCAGCUAUUUGGCCGAGUUAUUGCUCGAUAAAGGCUAUGAGGUUCACGGGAUCGUUCGCCGCAGUUCCACAUUCAACACGGGUCGCAUCGCGCACUUGUACGACGACCCCAACACUCACCGAGAAGGUCGGAUGAUUCUCCAUUAUGGCGAUCUCAUCGACGGGGCGUGUCUGGUCAAGAUCAUCAGUACCACGCGUCCCUGUGAGAUUUACAACCUCGCCGCCCAAUCCCAUGUCAAAGUGUCCUUCGAGCUGGCUGAAUACACGGCCGAAGUGGUGGGCGUGGGCACUCUGAGACUGUUAGACGCCAUCAAGACCUGUGGCAUGGAGAAGAGCGUCAAGUUCUACCAGGCUUCCACCUCCGAGCUCUACGGCAAAGUGCAAGAGGUUCCCCAAAAAGAGACCACGCCAUUCUACCCGCGAUCGCCUUAUGGAGUGGCCAAGCUAUUCGCUUACUGGUCCGUGAUCAACUUCCGAGAAGCCUAUGGCAUGUUCGCCUGCAAUGGGAUCCUGUUCAAUCAUGAAUCUCCCAGACGGGGAGAAACUUUCGUGACCCGGAAGAUCACCCGGUCCGUGGCCAAGAUCUAUUUGAAGCAACUUGACUUCUUCGAAUUGGGUAACCUGGAUUCCCAACGAGAUUGGGGACAUGCCAAGGACUACGUGGAGUGCAUGUGGAAGAUGCUGCAGUUGGACGCACCCGACGAUUUCGUGAUUGCCACGGGCGAAAUGCACUCCGUCCGUGAAUUCGUGUUGGCCACGUUUAAGUUCAUUGGGAUUGAUAUCGAGUGGGAAGGGGAAGGGGAAUCUGAGGUGGGCAAGGAGAAAGGUUCGGGGAUUGUGCGGGUGAAAGUGAACCCUAAGUAUUAUCGGCCCACGGAGGUGGAGCAGCUCUUGGGUGACCCGAGUAAGGCGAAGAGCAAGAUUGGGUGGGUGCCCAAGGUCAAUUUUGACAUGUUGGUCAAGGACAUGAUGGAGUCGGAUAUUGAGCUGAUGAGGAAGAAUCCGAUGGCUUGAAGAGUGUCGAUGAUUGAAAUUGAAGCUGAACUUUUGCACAAAUCAUGUUCUCUGAGAGUGAGUUCUCGCACCACUGUUUGUCGUGUUUUUGUUAUGUUAUUCAUAAUUGCGUUAUUUUUUUAAUAUCAACAAUGAUAGUAAGUAUUAACCAUGUAUCAUGAUUGUAAGUCGAAGAAGGUCCUUGAAGUAUAAAACAUCUAAAUAAAACGCAACGGUAAAUUAAA